AUGAGUGAUCCUAAUUCUCAAUCAACUAAAGUAUUUACUCCAGGAGCCAUUCAAGGAAUGAUCAAGAAAAUAGACAAGGAUGCAAUAAUUUCCCCUGAUGCCGAAGUUUUAGUCCAAAAAAUUGCGGAGAUCUUUAUCAAUGAUGUUUGCACAGCCGCUUUUGAAGAAUGCAAACUCGAAGAAUCUGAUAGCUUGAAACCAAACGAUAUACAUGUAAUAUUACAGCAGCAAUUUGAUUUAAUGCUUCCAGGUGAUAUUGGAAUCGAUGACGAUGAAAAUCACAUGGCAAAACCUUUACAAGAUUAUACAGACAAAUUAAUAGAAGUUAGAAAAUAUCUUUCAAGUCAUCAUGACGAAUAA